CCUUAUGCAGAACUUCUGUCGGAAAGGUAGUAAACGUACAAUUAGGUCCCUUUUUAUGUGGAAAGUGGCUGAAAAUGAAAAUUUUGAUCACGUAGCGGCCAUUUUGUUUUGGUGCGAACGUGAAGGAUCGUGGGAUAUCCAAGAUGGCAGCCUGCAGUGACAUCUUGACCAAGUAUUUCCCGUCAAUUGAUUCGGAAUUAACCGAUUAUAUCGUCGGAGUGCUUGACAGCAGUGCAGAAGACAUUCACUCCACUGAGGAUGUGUACGAUGCUGUCGGUGACAUGUUACUGGAGCUAUCGGAGGAGGGGACAGGGGAGGACAACAUCAGGGACAUCUGUCUGGAGAUGAUCAAGGCUCUUAACAUAAAUAAUGACUCCAAAGUCACCGAGAGACAGAAACUCAACGCUCCAGUCCACCUUAAGUCCAUGGCAGAGGAUUUUAAUCAGCAAUCAGAAGAAUCAGCGAGUAUAUGGCUGGCCAGGAAAGAAUUCAAUCAAAUUGGCAUGGCCACAGCUAGCCAGGCCACUAACAGGAGGGAAGCUAAACUAGACGCAUCUGGCAUGAACCGGUCAUAUGACAUUCAUGUGGAAAACUUGGACGUCGCAUUUGGAGACAAAGUUCUACUCCAGGAUGCAGACCUCCACUUGGCUGUAGGCAGGCGAUAUGGUCUUGUGGGAAGAAACGGCAUCGGAAAAACAACACUACUCAAGAUGUUAUCAAGCGGUGAGUUGAGGAUUCCGUCCCACCUGUCUGUACUGCACGUGGAACAGGAGGUCGUCGGGGACGAUACCAUCGCCAUCGACAGUGUCCUUGAGAGCGACCUUGUCAGGUCAAGUCUACUACAAGAGGAAAGAGAACUCACAGCAACACUCAAUUCUACAAGUCCAUCCACUUUAGAUGGCAGGGGAAGUGCAAGAUUAGGAGAGAUCUAUGCUAAAUUAGAAGAAAUUGAAGCUGACAAGGCACCAGCAAGGGCUGCACAGAUUCUCAAUGGUUUAGGAUUCACACCUAAAAUGCAGGAGAUGACCACAAAAGAGUUCUCUGGUGGUUGGAGAAUGAGAUUGGCUCUGGCACGAGCUCUCUUCAUGAAGCCAGAUCUCUUGUUGCUUGACGAACCUACCAACAUGUUGGACAUCAAAGCCAUUCUGUGGCUGGAAAACUACCUUCAGACUUGGAUGAAAACCAUCCUCGUCGUGUCUCACGAUCGUCUCUUCCUGGACUCCGUUGCGACGGACAUCAUCCACUUCCACACCCGGCGCCUGGACUACUAUCGCGGGAACUUCGAGAUGUUCCUCAAGACCAAGACGGAGAAACUGAAGAACCAACAGAAGGAGUACGAGUCCCAGAAACAGUACAGAGAUCACAUACAGGUGUUCAUCGACAGAUUUAGGUACAAUGCGAACAGGGCUUCCCAAGUGCAGAGCAAACUGAAGCUUUUGGAAAAGCUCCCAAAGUUGACACCAAUUGAGAAAGAACCUGAUGUCAUCCUGAAGUUUCCAGAUGACAUCGAGAAACUGUCCCCACCUAUCCUCAGACUGGAUGAGAUAGACUUCUACUACAGCCCUGACCGGCCAAUCUUCAAGAAAGUGGACAUAUCAGCAGACCUGGACUCAAGAAUAGCCAUCGUUGGUGAGAACGGCACAGGUAAAACAACGCUGUUGAAGAUUUUGAUUGGUGAACUGGAUCCAGUGAAUGGGAUCAGACAUGUACACAGGAACCUGAGGAUAGGGUACUUCAGCCAGCACCAUGUCGACCAACUGGAAAUGAACGUCACCUCCGUUGAGCUGCUGGCAUCCAGGUUUCCAGGUAGGAAAGUGGAGGAGUACAGACAUCAGCUGGGGUCCUACGGUGUGUCUGGUGAACUCGCCAUGAGGCCUGUAGCCAGUCUAUCAGGAGGACAGAAGAGUAGGGUGGCAUUCGCCAACAUGGCUAUGGUCAGACCAAACUUCUUCAUCCUUGACGAACCGACCAAUCAUCUGGACAUGGAGACCAUAGAGGCUCUUGGGAAGGCUCUCAAGAAGUUCAAGGGUGGCGUCAUCCUGGUAUCUCACGACGAACGACUCAUCCGGAUCGUGUGCAAGGAAUUGUGGGUAUGUGGGAACGGCACAGUUCGAAGCGUGGAAGGGGGCUUUGACGAGUACAAGAAGAUUUUGGAAGAGGAAUUUCUGCAACAGUGAAGAAGAUACCAGCCAAAGGAGCCAGCUUGCUGUUUGUGCAUCUAUGAGGUCAAAGGUGAAGGCCCCUAACUUGUAAACAAUUCUUGUCUAGACCAUACAUGUCUAGAUGUGUUUCGUUUAUGUGUUAGGGGCUUUGACAUAUUACCACAAUGUAUUGCACUGUGCAUGAACAGUUGAAACUUUGAACUGGCUUAUUAUUGCAAUGACCACCUUUAUGUCAUCAGACCCAGCCUGCUUUAAUGCUAGCAACUUUUUACCGAUGUUCACUGCAACCCACAUAUCAUAAAAGACAAGGAUAAAAUCCAUCAAGUGUUUUAUGUCUAAUUAAAGAGGAAAUUAUAAUGGUCAGAAACCCCUUCUGUAAUGUCCAGUAUAUGACUGGAAUCAAGUGGGAUCUUUGUUGGGUUAUGUAAGACAACUGAUACCAUAUUGUUAACUGUACACAGGGUUGUCAUGCUUGAGGAUAUAUAUAUAAAUGUAUAAUGAGGAUACUAAUCUAAGGGACUACCAAGAAGUGGCCACAUUGGCCAGGUGGUCCUUGAGCGGGGGUGGUCAGUAGAACAGGUUUGACAUUACUAUACAUGUACAGUAUGAUACUGUCAUUUGCCAGCCUGUGCAAUUCUACAUGUAGCCAGUAAGCAGUUGAAUCCGGUGGUUGUAACAUGGCCGUCACUUUUGUGCAAACUCCAAAUAAAGGCUGUUGUCACCAUACUGCACCUUAAUCUUGUAGAUCUUUAACCUUUUUCUUGCUUCCAAAACCUAUAACAGAAAAUGUGGUGCCAAAAGGCUACCUUAGCAUGCUAAAUGUCAAGGAUUGAGCUUCUUGCUGUAAGUGAUUCUCUCUAUUGGAAAUUUGUUUUCAUUUUAUUUUUUAGAUUCUCAUGACUGAUAGGUACUCAGCUAUGAAUAUGAUGGUCAAACAUUGAUUAUAGGUACACGUUGUAAUAGACUAAAGAGGCUCACACUAUAAGAAUAACAUUAUCACAUCAAUCCUGUGUAUUACUGCAACUACUAUUAAAGUUACUUUGGUUUAAUCAAAUGCUGUCAUUAAUGUUAGAAAAGCUAUCUUUAUGAAGGAACUGUGAAAAUUAGUUGAUAUAAAUGCAAUCAAAUGCAUGGAUUUAAGCAAGUUGAUGAAAUAAAGCUUGAUUUAAGCUGCAAGAAGGAGCCUCAGUGUAUCUGCACAUGUAGGAGUACUUUUUGAGACGUCAACUAUGCUUGACAUUCUUGAUACAGAGAUGAUAGACAAUGAUACAGUUGGGGAGGGGAAUUGUUGUGAGCCAUUUUUCGUCCCUGAUAUAAUGUAGCCUUUUCUCAAUUUCAUCUUUCUACUCCAAGUAUAGUGCCUUUUUCCAGAUAUAUUCUGCCAUAUCUUCCUCUUCUACUAAGUUCUAGUUUUUAUUGUACAUGCAUUCCCUUGAAUGUAUUGAUUGUAUAUUAAUGCUGUUUAUUAAUGCUACUGUGCCAUAACAUCUAAUUGGGGAGUUGCACCUGUAGGUAAAUUAUUACGUACAUGUAAGACAGGUUCUGGAAGGAGUACUUACUUGGGAAUAUGUCAUUAGGACAGUCAAGAGGUAGUACUGUAGAGCCCACUAUGUGUGGCCACUGCAAAUCUAUACAAGAAUAAACAUGGCCAAUAUGGA